CUGCUAGAAAUUUUGGAACGCUAGGAGGCGGGUUUCAGUCUUUAUCGAGAACACACGCACAAACCCUCGUACUCUUAUCUUCUCACACAAACUCGCGUCCGAGAUCCCAUUUUACAAACCCGAGCUCAGUUCCAAUGGCGAUUUCCUUGGGUGUUUCCUCGAGCUUAUUGGUGGGGGGUACGGCCUCGUUGGUGAAGUUUUCUUCUGCAACUGUUAAGAUCGUUCCCUCUAACCUGCGCGCUGUGCGCACGGUGUCUUUAGCUGCCGCGUCGAAGCCGGCUACCACGACCAAGAAGCGCGAGCCGAGAGGCAUUACAAAGCCGCGCCGUGUCUCGCCCGAAAUGCAGGCGUUCCUUGGUGGUCUCACUGAGAUUCCCCGCACUCAAGCUCUCAAAGAGAUUUGGGCUUACAUCAAACAACACAAUCUUCAGGUAUAUAUAUUGUUGCUUAUGUAAGUGUAUAGAAAUUCU